AUGAUACGCAGCAGCGUGAAUAGCAGCGCAAUCCUGACGCUGAGCAUCCUGACCGACGGCAGACCUGAAGGGGCGUCGUUCCAGGGCAUUCCUUCAAAAACCAAGGUGGCGCCGCUGAAGACCGUGACUCUACCUCGCUUGGAGCUCUGCGCAGCCUCUCUGCUCACGCGGCUGGCGGCGCGCGUGCGGCGGGUUCUCGGGGCCGAAGAUGCGCCCAUCCACCUGUGGUCCGACUCAACCGUCGCUCUGGGCUGGAUCCGCGGCCACCCGUCUCGCUGGAAGGUGUACGUCGCCAACCAAGUCGCCGAGAUCCAGACUACACUGCCUGGGGCCCAAAGGCACCACCUCUCUGGGACGGAAAACCCCGCCGACUGCGCAUCGCGAGGCAUCUCCCCGUCCGAGCUGGACACCCACCCGCUCUGGUGGAAGGAUCCACCCUGGCUGAGGGAGGACCGGACAUCGUGGCCAGACUUCCGCGACGAGGAGCUCGCCGAGCAGCUGCCGGAGGAGCGCGUUAGAGCGCUCGCUGCCACCGCGCCAACGGCGGAGGCGACCGAGCCAGAGGAGCUGACUCGUUUCUCCUCGCUGAACCGGCUGCUGCGGGUGACCGCCUGGUGCAAGCGUUGGAGGCGCCGAGUAGCGGCUCUGCGGGCGCCCCCCCCCCCCCCGAAGCUGCUCCCGGCUACGGACACCCUGUCGGCCGCGGAGUGGGACGACGCUUGCCUGGCAUGGAUUCGGGUGGUGCAAGCUGAAAAGUACAACGAGGAAUCAGAAGCGCUCGCACGGGGAGCCCCACUAUCUAAAAGCAAUCAAUUGAUUAAGCUUACCCCGUUUUUAGAUCCUCAAAAAAUGUUCAGGGUGAGUAAAAGGCUUAAGCAUUCCAUCCUGGCCUACGACGAGCGACAUCCGGUGAUCCUGCCAGGCUCGUCGCAUCUCACGCGACUCAUCAUCGAGGCCUGUCACCGGCGAACGCUGCACGUGGGCGUGCAACUCACCCUCGGGUCCAUCAGGCAGCAGUAUUGGAUACCCCGAGGGCGGCAGCUCGUCAAGGAGGUGAUCCACCGGUGCGUCACCUGCGUCCGAUGGCGGGCGGCCACGCAGCAGCAGAUCAUGGAGAAUCUGCCACGCCUCCGAGUCACGCCGGCGAGAUCAUUCCUGAGCAACGGCGUCGACUACGCCGGCCCCAUUCAGCUCCGCACGACGAAGGGACGCGGACAUCGCGCGUACAAGGCCUUCAUCGCGGUCUUCGUGUGUCUCAGCACGAAGGCCGUGCAUCUGGAAAUCGUGUCCGAUUACUCGGCGGAUGCAUUCCUAGCCGCCCUGCGGCAAUUUACAGCUCGGCGGGGGCUCUGUCGCAGCGACUGCGGCACAAACUUCGUCGGGGCCGACGCUCAACUUCGAGCGUUCUUCGCCGCCAGCAGUCCGGAGCAGCGGAAGAUCGCCGACCAGAUGGCCAACGAGCGGAUAAGGUGGUGCUUCAAUCCACCGUCAACACCCCACUUCGGCGGACUUUGGGAAACGGCGGUGAAGUCCUGCAAGCAUCACCUCAGGAGAGUGCUCGGAGAAUAG